UAGCUCAUCCAUUUCAUCUCUCGAUGCUCUACCAUCAGCCUUGCAGCUUAACUAUGGCUUCUUUCUCCUUCUCCUCCUCGCUCCUUCCUUCUUCAGUCUCUUUCGAUCAUGUCUCCACUUUCCUUUUCCCCAUCUUUGUUUCUUCUUCUUGUUCUUCUUCUUCACAUCCCAACUCUCGCAUUGUUCGCUGUGCAUUUGCGGCUCCCACUAGAAAAUCCCCUGUUCCAUCUACUUCCUCCUCACCUGCUAAGAAGAGGCACUGGAAGCAAGGGGAAUUUCCAGGAACUACAGAGACAUCCACCCGCAGGAGGGCCCCUCUCAAGAGAGUCAAAAAGAAACUAGACCGGAAGAAUAAUGCUAAGGCUUGGGCCAACACCGUCACUGAAGCCUUGUCUGACCAUAUCACGAACAAACGGUGGCUUCAAGCUCUUGAGGUGUUUGAAAUGCUCCGCGAACAACCAUUUUAUGAACCAAAAGAAGGAACUUACAUGAAGCUGCUUGUUCUACUUGGAAGGUCUGGCCAACCACACCGUGCACGUCUGCUUUUUGAUACAAUGGUUCAAGAAAGAUGUGAACCUACCCCUGAACUUUACACUGCUUUGCUUGCUGCAUAUUGUCGGAACAAUCUCAUUGAUGAUGCAUUUUCCACUCUCAAUCUCAUGAAGACCCUCCCUCGCUGCCAACCUGAUGUCUACACUUAUAGUAUCUUGAUCAAGGCUUGUGUCGAUGAUUCUCGCUUUGAAAUAGUUGAAUCAUUGUAUGAGGAAAUGGCCGAACGACUGAUAACUCCAAAUACAGUGACCCAGAACAUAGUAUUAAGUGGAUAUGGCAAGAUAGGGAAGUAUGACCAAAUGGAGAAAGUUUUAAUAGGAAUGCUUGAGAGCACAACUUGUAGACCAGAUGUGUGGACAAUGAAUAUAAUUCUAAGUGUGUUUGGUAAUAAGGGACAUAUUGAAAUGAUGGAAAGAUGGUAUGAGAAGUUUCGUAACUUUGGUAUUGAGCCAGAAACACGUACAUUUAAUAUUUUGAUUGGUGCUUAUGGGAAGAAGAGGAUGUACGAUAAAAUGUCUUCUGUGAUGGAGUAUAUGCGCAAACUGCAGUUUCCUUGGACGACAUCAACAUACAACAACGUGAUUGAAGCUUUCGCGGAUGUGGGAGAUGCAAAGAACAUGGAGUACACAUUUGAGCAGAUGCGUGCUGAGGGCAUGAGAGCAGACACCAAGACAUUCUGUUGCCUUAUAAAUGGAUAUGCUAAUGCAGGUCUUUUCCAUAAGGUAAUUGGUUCAGUUAAGUUGGCAGGAAAACUCGAGAUUCCAGAGAAUACCUCAUUUUAUAAUGCAGUUAUAUCUGCAUGUGCUAAGGCUGAGGAUUUGAUGGAAAUGGACAGAGUAUUUAAGCGAAUGAAAGAUAAACAUUGUCAGCCAGAUAACAAAACAUAUUCUAUUAUGAUGGAAGCAUAUGGAAAAGAAGGCAUGAAUGAUAGAGUUCAUUACUUGGAGCUGGAAAAGAAACAGGUGAUUGAUAAUGCUUCUAACAAUGAGUGAUUGCGUGCAACGAAGUCGAAUGCAAAAUUGGUGCAUGUUUGGGAGCUUGGACCCUACACUGUGCCUGAUCCACCGAGGGCUCUAUCCUCUAUCCCCCAGUCUGUUAAAUCGCUACAAUGGAUACAUCUCAGGAGAUCAAAUCCACCUUUCAUAUCGCAUCCUCUGUGCCGAGUUUUUCACCGUAGUGUUUUGAUGAUCCUUCAGGCAAAUAUUAUUUCUGUGGGAAGUUUGUGGUUAACUGGAUUUUAUGUAUAGAGCUUUUGGUGACAAUGAUGCUAAUCAGUAUUAGUGUCUCCCAAUUCUAGUUAUUUUAGUUUUAGGUGAACUUGCUUUUUGUUCUGGACAAAUUGGCAUGGAGUGAGAAAGCAUAGGGGACUCGCAAGUUUGCACUCGGUGGCCACCUGUCAUUCUAUGGCCAUGCAAGCUAUUUGCUUACAAGGGCACAAUAUUCUAGCGAGCAAUGAUUGACAUUGGCUCCUUGUGGCUUUCGCCCCAAAAAAUUUAAACAAUAUCACAGUUGUUCAAGACAUCUUGAGAUGAUGAAAUGUUAAUGAGUUUCCGAUUAUAA